AGUAAUUGUGUGCGACAUCAGGUAACUCUCCACUCAUAAACUUUGUUUUCUAAUACACGGCAUCUUCGCUGAAGGAUUUUGUUAAAUACAUUUGUGUAAAGUGCUAGUAAUUUCAGUCAAAAUGGUAGACAAAAACAGUGACCAAAGUAUUAUGGAUAAGUCCAUGCGUUCAGUGUUCGUUGGAAACAUUCCUUACGAAGCCACUGAAGAGAAGCUGAAGGAAAUCUUUUGCGAGGUCGGUCCCGUGGUUUCGCUGAAAUUGGUAUUCGACCGUGAAAGCGGCAAGCCCAAGGGAUAUGGAUUCUGUGAGUAUAAAGAUCAGGAAACGGCUCUUAGUGCCAUGCGAAAUUUGAACGGUUAUGAGAUUGGCGGUCGUACGCUAAGGGUGGACAAUGCUUGUACAGAAAAAUCUCGAAUGGAAAUGCAACAGCUCUUACAAGGGCCUCAAGUGGAAAAUCCUUACGGUGAACAUUGCGAACCGGAAAAUGCCCCAGAAGCCAUAACGAAAACGGUUGCUUCAUUGCCGCCGGAGCAAAUGUACGAAUUGAUGAAACAAAUGAAGUAUUGCAUUCAAAACAAUCCGACAGAGGCUCGUCAAAUGUUACUGUUAAAUCCGCAAUUAGCAUACGCACUGUUACAAGCGCAAGUAGUUAUGCGAAUAAUCGAUCCACAAACAGCACUGGGCAUGCUGCACAAACCAAACCAAAUGCCACCAGUGCUGACGUCAAGUACAAUGCAACUUCCUGUACACGACAUUGUGCCACAAAUCCCGUUAGGUCUUCAGGCAGCGGCAGUUCAGCCAGCAGUAAUAACUCAAGGAUUUCCAUCCGCUAAUCAAGACGUUGACUUGCGCAGCGUAAUGGAUCCACGGCUGAAUCGCAGUAUGGACCAAGAUAUGCGUGCAUUGCCCACAAACCCAAUGAUACCAAACCCGAUCGUUGAUCCAAGUUUCGCACGACAACAGCAGCAGCAACAACAGCAACCACAACGUCCCGUCGCAGCUCCAGUACACUUUCCGACUGAUCCCCGUCAACGACCGAACGAUCCACGUGUCAAAUCACAACAACAUCCGACGCAUUCGAUGCAACCAACUGCUCCACCAGCUGCUCCGAUGAUGCACUCUCAGCCGACCCAGGCCCAAAGUCGGCUAGCUGCAGGAAUUCCCAGUAACGCAUCCGAUCAGGAGAAGGCUGCUCUUAUCAUGCAGGUUCUGCAAUUGUCGGACGAACAAAUUGCCAUGCUACCACCAGAUCAACGUGCAAGCAUUUUGGUGUUAAAGGAACAGAUAGCCAAGAGUACGAAUCAACAUUGAGAAAAUUUUUGUUCGACGGAUUAUUUACUUGAUGGGAUGAAAGAAUAAAUGUUUUAUGACGCAAA